AUGCAGUCUGAAAUAUCCGAAUCUAGUCUACACAUUGAGCAAAGCCCCGUCGACACCCACAGGGCCCCGUCGACACCCACAGAGCCCCGUCGACCCCCACAGAGCCCCGUCGACACCCACAGGGCCCCGUCGACACCCACAGGGCCCCGUCGACAGCCACAGAGCACCGUCGACACCUACAGGGCCCGACGACACCCACAGAGCCCCGUCGACAACCACAGAGCCCCGUCGACAACCACAGAGCCCCGUCGACACCCACAGAGCCCCGUCGACACCCACAGAGCCCCGUCGACACCCACAGAGCCCCGUCGACACCCACAGAGCCCCGUCGACACCCACAGAGCCCCGUCGACACCCACAGGGCCCCGUCGACACCCACAGAGCCCCGUCGACACCCACAGAGCACCGUCGACACCUACAGGGCCCCGACGACACCCACAGGGCCCCGACGACACCCACAGGGCCCCGUCGACACCCAAGAGUUCUCCCUGA